AUGAUGCACCACGUGGGGAUCAACAUGGACUACAGCAUGACGUCAGCAGGCCAUGCGUCCGUGCACCCCGCGGGUAUUCCCUCGCUGGCUGCGAACCAGACGCUGCAUGCGUGGGUGGCCUACAACGCCACCGCCUCGCUGCUCUCCGUGCUCCUCUCCUCCUCGCCCGCCAUGCCCCCCUCCGCCCUCCUCUCCCUCCCCUUCAACGCCUGUGAUCUCUUUCACUCUGCUUCGGAGAACGGCGGGGAGGGGGAGGCGGUGUUGGUGCAAGUGGGGUGUGCAGCGGGCACGGGGCUGCUGCCGCUGCACACUCAGACGCACGACAUCCUCUCCUGGUCCUUCCAGAUGGAUACCCAAGGUGAGCGGGGGAGUGGCAGGCAGGCGGAAGGGCAGUUGCGUGGGGAGGUUUGCAGCUGCACACUCUCCUGGGCCUUCCACGUCGACAACCACAGUGAGUGGAAGGAGGCGGAGGUGGGGUGGGGCAAGUGGGGGAAGGGUUGGUGUGGUGUGUCACGUGUCAUAUGUUCUCCUACCCAUUCUCUAGGCGUCUCAGAAGUAGUGUGUGGUUCUCCUCUCCUACUACCAGAUCCCUCUGCUCAUCUGCCCCCUCCCCCUUCGCUUCAACCUUACUCACUCCACUAUUUCUUUCCUUCCUCACUUUCUUUCCCCUUGUGCUCCCUGCGCCCCUCCUUCUUCCCCCCCAAUUCAUCCACUCCGCUUCCCCCUCUCCCUGCGCCGGCUCCUCUACCCCUGUGGCAGCAGCCGUCACUCUCCUUCCCCUUCCUCACGCAAGGCGCGCGCUUCACUGCCUGGGGAUCAACUCGCCACACCUUCUCCUCGCUGCAACUCACCCCGGGCAACGACGAGGAGGAGACAGGCGCCGCCUUCUUCCCCCUCCCCCUGCCCCUGCUCUCGCUCCUCCCCCCUCCUCCCCCCCGCAAGGGGAAGAAUGGCGGAAAAUCUGAUGCUUUGGUGUGCAAGGCUCGAUCCUUCACCUCGUGGUUUGCGUUUGAUCUCGACGGGAGAAUGACAAACGGGUUUGGGGUAGUCUUUGUGCUAAGUACUCAACCAGGGCUGGGGCAAGGAGGGACGGACAUGGGGUAUGGCCGCGACGCGCAAGGGAGGGAUGCGAAUGGGACGUGGGCGGAUGGAGGGAGGAGUGUGGCGGUGAUGUUUGAUGCCUUUAGCGGCCUUGACCCUAACCAUGACGUUAACAAGGAUGUGGCGAUUCUCUCCGUUCUCACUGACUUUAACCCCUUUUCCCCUUUCAUCGAUCAUCCUCUCUUCCUUGUCUCUCCUCACUCCCCAUGUCACACAGACGUCAACCCAUGCACCGCAUGGGACGUGAAUCCAUGCGGUGCUGGCAGGUGCACUGCGGUGCGGUCAGCAGCCACCGGCACAUACAGCAGCACGUGCUCGUGCCCUCUCAGCCAGCCCAGCUACAAGCUCCCCCAAAUGCCCGCCUUCCAAACGUGCCACAAUGAGUUCCCCGCAUGUCGCCUUAACAGCACUGACACAUGUGCGCCUGGCGUGUGCCUGGAGGGCUAUGAUGCCUCCUCCUUCUGCCUCUGCCUGCCCGCCUUCUUCCCCCUCGACUACUCUGACCCCCUCAAGCAACCCUGUAACCAAGUGAGCAAUUCCGCUGCUCGACUGCCAUUCUUCCCAGCACCCCCCGACCUCACGUGCCCUCUGCUCCUAGACAUCUUUGACCUCUCGCCUCAAGAGCUGCUGGAGAGUAACAAGGGCAUGGCAUGUGAAAAACCCAUAUCGCGUGGGUUGAUAGUCAACGUGUCGGCUUCUGCCAAGAAGAGCUGCAGCAGCAUGUACAGCACCAACCAGGGGGACACGUGCAUGUCAAUAGACAGCCUCCGUGCCACCAACAUAACACACCUAAACCCUACCAUUAACUGCUCACAACCUCUCGUACCUGGAAAGCGCAUGUGUGUGGAGAACAGCACCAAGACGCGCACGUACCCCGUGGCGGCAUGCAUGGUGCACAAGGCUCUCGAGUCCGACCUGCACACGUGCCAGCAGGCCGCCACGUUCGGCAACGGGCGGGGCCGCAUGGGCUACUCCAAGAUCUUCCGCAUCAACGCCGCUCUCUACUGCGACCACCUGCUGCCCGGUGCUGCUGGCUGGGACGACUCUGUUCUCAGCACGGUGCGCACUGCUGACUUGCACGUGAGGGUUAGGAUCGUUCUCAUUCGUUGA